GAAUGUUCUGGUCGUGGGUUCGGGCGGCGCGAGCAUGCUCUCUGCUGGCAGCUCGCAGCGUCGCCGCUGCUGGGUGCGCUCUGGUGCGCGCCGGGGAACGCCGGGAUCGAGAACGAGGCGACGUGCGUAGCGCUGGACCCCAUGAAUUUCGACGGACUGGUCUCGUUCUGCCGCGAGGAGGCGAUCGACUUCGUCGUGGUGGGGCCGGAGGCGCCGCUCUGCGCAGGCCUCGUCGACCGACUCGAGGCAGACGGCAUCGCCGCCUUCGGCCCGCGUGCGGCCGCCGCACGGAUCGAAGGAUCGAAAGGCUUCAUGAAGGACUUGUGCGCGCGCUACGGCGUGCCGACCGCCGCCUAUCGGCGCGUGGCCUCGCUCGCGGAGGCCGAGGCGUUCAUCGCCGAGCAGGGGGCGCCCGUGGUGGUCAAGGCCGACGGGCUCGCCGCCGGCAAGGGCGUUGUGCUCGCCGCAACGGAGGAUGAGGCCCUCAAUGCAGCGCGGGACGCGCUGGAUGGCGCCUUCGGCAAAGCCGGCGCGGAGCUCGUGAUCGAGGAGAUGCUGGUGGGCGAGGAGGCCAGCUAUUUUGCCCUGAUCGACGGCGAGACGGUGUUGCCGCUGGAGACGGCGCAGGACCACAAGGCCGUCGGCGAGGGCGAUACCGGGCCGAACACCGGCGGCAUGGGCGCCUACUCCCCGGCGCCGGCAAUGACUCCGGCGCUUUGCGAGGAGGCGCGCGAGCGGAUUGUGGAGCCGCUCGUGCGCGGCCUGGCGGAGGACGGCACGCCCUAUACCGGCGUCUUCUACGCCGGCCUCAUGCUCACAGCCGACGGGCCCAAGCUGCUCGAGGUCAACGCCCGAUUCGGCGACCCGGAAUGCCAGGUGCUCGUGCCGCGGCUCAAGUCGGACCUUCUGGCCGCGCUGAUGGCCGCGCAUGACGGCGAGCUCAAGGACUUCGACCUGCGCUGGAGCGACGAAGUCGCGCUCUGCGUCGUGCUCGCGACCAAGGGCUAUCCCGGCGCCUACGAGAAGGGCAGCACGAUUCGCGGCAUCGACGCGGCCGAGGCCUUGCGCGACGUCACCGUGUUCCAUGCCGGGACAGCGCGCGGCGACGCCUGGCAUCGCCGCCGCAGGCGGGCGCGUGCUCGGCGUCACGGCGCUGGGCACGACGCGUCGCCGCCGCCCAGAGCCUGGCCUACGACGCCGUCGGGCGGAUCGACUGGCCGGAAGGAUUUUGCCGCCGGGAUAUCGGCUGGCGCGCGGUCUGAACUCAACCGCCUGCUUGGCGAACUGAGGCACAGGCCUAUAAUCGAGCGGAUGACCAGCGAGAACCGUCCGCUUGAGAGACAAGCCCCGGCGCGGGCCGGGGCUCCGUUCGGCGGCGGGCUCAGCUUCUUGGGUGUGACGCCGCUCCGGCGCUGCCCUUACCUUCCGGGACGCCGGGAGCGCUCGAUCGUCACGGCGCUCGCCGGCCCGCGUGCGGACUUGGCCUACGACGAGAUGUUGCGCGGGGGCUUUCGCCGCAGCCACCUUGCGGCCUAUCGCCCGGCGUGUCCCGGUUGCCGGGCCUGCGUCUCGGCGCGGGUCUGUGUGAACGCGUUUACGCCGAGCCGGUCGCUCCGCCGCGUCAUCGCGCGAAAUGCAGGAGUCACGAUGAGCGUGAUGCCGGCACUGGCCCGGCCCGAUCACCACGCGCUCUUUCAACGAUACCUGGCGGCCCGGCACCCCGACGGCACGAUGGCGAGCAUGGGGCGCGAGGGUUAUGGCGCCCUCGUCGAGGAAAGCGCCGUCGAAACCCGCCUUGCCGAGUUCCGCAGCUCCGGCGGGCGCCUCUACGGCGUCUGCGUUUUCGAUAUCGUCGCCGAUGGGCUGUCGGCGGUCUAUUCCUUCUACGAGCCCUUACGGGUCAAGGACAGCCCAGGCAGCUACAUGAUCCUGAGCCUCUUGGGCGACGCCCGCGAGCGGGCCUUGCCCUACCUCUAUCUCGGCUACUGGAUCGACGGCUGCGACAAGAUGGACUACAAGGCGCGCUUUCGCCCGCUGGAGGUGCAUGGCGCCGACGGCUGGACGAUCCUGGACGCUCGUGAAGGCGGCCAGGACGUCUCGAAUCACUGA